CACACACGCACACAUACACACACACACACGCAUACAAACGAAAAACAGUAUCACGGCUUUAAACGGUUUCUCGGUUUUUAUUUUAAAUCUGUAUUUAACCUCAGAAUGAUCUCAAAGUAAAAAAAGGUGCUGAAGUCAUUUGUGAGCAUUCAGUUGAAUUAUUAUUAUCUUCAUUUAAGUGAUUUAAGUCGGACUAAUCAUAAUUAUGUACUAUAUAUAAUUCCAAACGAUUAAGUUCAAAACACAGGAAGUGUAGAAAAGUUAUCAAAAGGAAUCAGUUACACUGCUUUAGGAAAGCAACUGAAAUAGUUAAACUCCUUUUUACAUUUUAAAUAGGGUAAAAUAAGCACCUUAAUUGCUGAUUUAUAAUAUUUGGGCAAAAAAAGGAUGCAAUUCUGAUGCUCAAAAUGCAAAUCAGUGAGAUUUUUAUAACAAUACGUGUAUAAAAUGAUAUAAAUAACAGCUGUCACUCUAUAUUUCCAGUAAUAUGUCUUAUAUGUCAAACAUAUAAUGCAAUGCAACCCACCAAAGAAUGAUGUCUGAAUAGUAAAGUAAAGCUAAGCUAUUAUAAUGUUAUUCAGAUAUAUUAUGAAUAUUUAGCAGCUCUGUUUUAAAUGAUGACUGAUUCUCAGGUUCAGCAGACCCACAUGUUCAGAUGUGGUCCGAGCGAAGCCCGGUUCCUCCGCUCUCCUGGAGCUUUCCUCACAGUGACGUGCCUCCCUUCUACUCUAACAAAGUCAUCCGCCUCAAUCCCUACAACACUCCUCACGGGAUCCAGCCCGCUCCCGUUGCUCUGUUUCCACACGAGCCCAAAUAUAUACCUCAUCAGCUGACCUGUCCUCCUGGAUUUUAUCUGCCAGUAGUUUGUCAGUGCUGCACCGCUGCUUUUAUUGAAGGUGGAGAAGCAGCUCGGCCAUAUUCACAUUAUGCUUAUUACCCGCAGAACUAUUCACUAAGCCACGAUCACAACAGCAUCCAAAGCACGACCUGGCCCGCGGAGUCUCAGCGGGGCGACGUGAACCUCGACAGGGUGUUUCAGAUGGUGGAUGAGCUCCAGGGUCUGCCCAACAUCCAUGUAGCGCGAGUGGGCUCCCCUGUGAACGUCCAGCGCUCGUCCAGCCCAUCAGCUGACCUCGACCCUCCUCAGCGCUCCAGGACAGACACCUCCACGGCCUGCAGAGAGUCUGAGAAGCAAGGAGCCUGCCAACUCCAAGAAGGUCAUUCGGCAUCCCCGGAGGCCUCGGUAAAGGCUGCUACAGAGGAAGUGACUCAGGGAAGCAGCAGAGACAAACAGCACAGACUCUAGCGUUCCUGCCGUUCGGAUCAACCACACUGAGUCUUCGGGACAGCUCGUGCGGAUUCUG